UGACGGAAAAGUAACUGAUUUUUUUGUUACUUCAAAACUCACCUUCUGCUGGUGUACUAUCAUUCGGUUUUUGAUUGUGGUUUUCCAUAGCAAACUUCCAAAUAUCCAGAAUUUCCAUUAGGGACACAUCCAGUACUGACCAAUCCAACACUGACCUGUUCCGAUCUAGCUGCUCCUGGGAUAGCUUCUACUUUACCAAAGAAGCCCAGUACCUGUGUCUCCGUCGACUCUCUUCACCCAGCUACUCUGCUAUUCUGAAGAGCCCAGUCAUGGAGGAAACAGUGUGGGAGCAGUACACUGUGACGCUGCAGAGGGACCCCAAGAUGGGUUUUGGUAUUGCGGUUUCUGGGGGCCGGGACAACCCCAACGAGGAAAGCGGGGAGAUGUCCAUAGUGGUGUCUGAUGUGCUUCAGGGAGGGCCCGCCGAUGGCCUGCUAUUUGAUAAUGACCGGGUGGUGCAGGUGAACGCCACUCCCAUGGACGGCGUGCCACACUCCUUCGCUGUACAGACCCUCAGGAAGUGUGGAAAAGUAGCCAAAAUUACGGUCAAGAGGCCCAGGAAGGUUCCGGUCAACCUGCUGAAACGCGCUCCUUCCCCUGAUGACCGCGUCUUCAGUAACGACUACAACGAUGACUACGAUCAGGACCGCCGCAGUGUGUACAGCGAACGCAGCAGUCAUCAAGACCGCGACCACAGCCAGGAGAGGGGGUGUUACACAGACGCUGGCUACCAGGGACGGGGCUUUGACCGUGAUUACGGUCGAGAUGACCGAGGCAGAAGUAUGGAGAGGGACCUUGAUCCAGACAGGCAGUACAGACGAGACGGGAGCAUGGGUCGCACUCUGGACCGUGAACGUAGCCCUGACCGCCGCUACAAAAGCGACCUCACUCUUGACCGUGACCACAGCCCCGAUCGGCGUUACCGUAGUGAACGGGCCCUUGACCGCGACCCCAGCCCCGACAGGCGUUUCCGUAGUGAACGCACUCUGGACCGCACUAACAGCCCCGACCUGCGGUACAGAGCCGGUCACAGUCCUGCCCGCAGCCAUGGUCGCGACCACAGCUUUGAGAGUUACCGUGAACGUGUUCCUAGUGACCGCGACCACAGGAAAGAGCAGAUGAAGAGGAGCGGGAGCAGGGAGCGUCUGGACCGCUCACCCUCCCCCGCCGCCAUGCCAGUCCCCAUGGCCCGCCCCCCUCGGGAGCAGGAGCCCCUGGAGAAACCCCUCAGUGUGCUGCUGCUGAAGAACAGGCCCAAUGAAGAGUAUGGUCUGCGUCUGGGCAGUCAGCUGUUCAUUAAGGAGAUGACAAGCACAGGUCUGGCCUGCAGGGAUGGCAACCUCCAGGAGGGAGACAUCAUACUGAAGAUCAAUGGUACAGUGACAGAGAACCUGUCUCUGAGCGAUGCAGGGAAGCUGAUCGAGAAGUCUCGAGGAAAGCUGCAGCUGGUGGUGCAGAGAGACAGGAGACAGGUCCUCAUCAGGAUUCCUCCCCUGGCAGACAGCGACUCUGAGCUCGAUGAUAUCUCAGAGAUCGAGUCUUACCGCUCCUACUCGCCACAGGAUGACCGACGGGCCCCCCACUCAGACCUGUCCUCCCACUCCUCCAAUGAGAGGCUCAGAGACAAACCCAGGGAGGAACCUCCCAGCAGGCUGGCUAAAAUGGGCGCUAUGCCGACACCGUUCGCCAUGCCGGCGCGAAAGCCGGAUAGAGUUGUGGAGGACACGCCCCCUCUGCCAGCAGAGAGGGAGGAACCCCGCCCAGAAACACCCCCAGCACCGGUAGUAACUGUUGCCCCAAAAGUCCACGCUGCCCCAAAGGUACCACUGAGGCCAAGCAUAGAGGAUCAGGAGAUAUACGGGCCCAACACGGUGAUGGUGCGUUUCCAGAAGGGAGAGAGCGUGGGGCUGAGGCUGGCGGGAGGAAACGAUGUGGGAAUCUUCAUCGCAGGCAUUCAGGAGGACAGUCCUGCAGAACAGGAGGGUCUUCACACUGGGGACCAGAUCAUGAAGGUGAAUAACAUGGACUUCAGGGGCAUGGUGCGUGAGGAUGCUGUCCUGUACCUGCUGGAGAUUCCAAAGGGAGAUGAUGUCACCAUCCUGGCUCAGAGCAAACCUGAUGUCUAUAAGGACAUCCUGGCAUCGGGCAGGGGGGACUCGUUCUUCAUCAGGACCCAUUUUGAGUAUGAUAAAGAGGUUCCCCAGAGCCUGCCCUUCUUUCGAGGGGAGAUCUUCAAGGUGACAGACACACUCUACGAUGGCAAGCUGGGCAACUGGCUGGCCAUCCGCACUGACAAAGACAACCAGCUGCUGGAGAAGGGUAUCAUCCCCAACAAGAGCAGGGCGGAACAAAUGUCAAAUGUGCAGAAUGCCCAGAGAGGAACAGCCAAUGACAGAGGAGACUUCUGGAGGUUGAGGGGUCAAAGGGCGGCAAAGAAGAAGGACCUCCGUAAGAGCAGAGAGGACCUGACUGCCAUUCCAGUCACCACUCGCUUCCCUGCCUACGAGAGGGUGGUCUUACGAGAAGCUGGCUUCAGGAGACCAGUGGUUGUGUUCGGGCCCAUUGCAGAUGCAGUCAAUGAGAAACUGGCCAACGACCUGCCUGAGGAGUUUGUCAUAGCUAAGACUGAGCCCAAGGAUGCAGGCACUGAGAAGUCCUCCGGUGUGGUGAGACUCAAUACCAUUCGUCAGAUCAUCGAACAGGACCACCAUGCUCUGCUGGACGUGACUCCCAAGGCAGUGGACACCCUGAACUACACCCAGUGGUACCCCAUUGUGGUGUUCCUAAACCCGGACAGCAAGGUGGGCAUCAAGACGAUGAGAAACCGCCUUGUGCCCGGCUCCAAUCGCAGCGCCCGCAAACUCUACGAGCAGGCGGUCAAACUGAGGAAGAACUAUUCCCACCUCUUCACUGCGACCGUUGACCUGAAUUCAGCCAAUGACGGGUGGUACGGGAGUGUGAAAGACUCUAUCCGUGCACAGCAGGAGCGGGCUGUGUGGAUCUGUGAGGGCAAGUUGGACGGCUCGGAGGAGGAACUGGAUAUCCAUGAUGACCGCAUGUCGUACCUAUCAGCGAUGAGCGCCGACUACCUGAGCAUGGACAGUCGACUGACCAGCGACUAUGAUGACACGGCCGACGAGGGCGGGGCUUACACCGACAACGAGCUGGACGAGCCAAUGGACGAGCCCCAUCAGCCGGUGUCGGCCAUCAGCCGCUCCUCAGAGCCCGUACUACCAGAGGAGAGACCCCAUCCUGCCCCCAUACCUCGUAUGAGGAGAUCAGGGAGCAGAGAGGUGCUGAGAGACCCCAGCCCACCCCCCUCCUUCGUCCCUGAGCCCCCCAAGCAGGUGAGGGUGCAGUCUCGCGGGGGAUAUGACUCCCACUCCAGCAGCACCAUUAGCAGUGACGCGGCCGGGGGGCCCAAGCCCGCCCCGCCCCCCGUGGCCCUUAAGCCCACCCUGAAGGCCCUCAGCCAGUCGUCUGAGGAACACAGUGUCAAGGGGGGAGAGGACCCGGCCAACCACUCAUUCAUUGGCAAGGUGAAGGCCUUCGAAAAGAUGGACCACCUGGCCAGAGCCCAGAGGAUGCUGGAGCUCCAGGAGGCCGAGCAUGCACGGCUGGAAAUAGCCCAGAAGCACCCAGACAUCUAUGCAGUCCCAGUGAAACUACCAAAGCCCAACCACAACCGCCCACAGCCAAUAGGCUCCAGCUCCAACCCAGUGCCCCAGUCCUCCAGGCCACCGUACUCUGAGAGCAGGGGUCACUACGACGACGAUAAGGAAGAGUACCGCAGACAGCUGGCCGACCAGACCAGACGAGGCUACUACAGCAACCCCCAGAAAUACAAAGACACUGAGAUGUAGGACAGACAGACCCACCUGUCACACCUUACUGUUCUCACUGUGCUCACCCAAUCAGGGAGGCCCUCACUGUGGUUACUCAAACAACCUAUCCCUUUGCCUAUCCUGUUCUGUGGCCCCACCUAGUGGCAGGACGAUAUAUCCCGUUCAGGUGUGUCCUUACCUUGACUGUUUGCCUCACUGUGUGGAUGGCGUAUCUGCCUUUUAACCUCCCAACCCCACGAUGUCUACCCUGAUGGGUGGUGUUUGAUGUUCACCCCCAACCACAUCCCCUCAGUCAUAUCUGUCCCAGAAAUGUAUUUAUAUAUAUCUUUUUUUUUUUUUACAUGUUAUAAAUCUUAAGCAUUAUUUGUUACAUUGAAAUAAACGUAUCUGGACAGACAUGGGGUAUUCUGUG